UAAAGUAGCCUUUAUGAAAUAUUUGUUCACUCCGUAUUACGUUUUGGGAGAUCUCUCAGCUAGUAUAAACGCUGAAGAAGAAGAGAAAGAAAAGCUUCCCUGGCCGGCCACGAAAUAAGAGCUUUGAAAAGUAUAUAUAUUUAUGCAUUGAUAGCUAUACAUGUAUUCAUAUAUGCACACUUGAACAGAUAAUUAGUGAAUUGCGAAGAUGAUGUCGAGCAAUUAUACCGCCAUCGAUAAUCAGAAUGUCUCUGGAUCUGUUCCUGCAGUAGCAGAUCCUCCUUCCCAUGUUGCCGUCAAAUUCACUGAGUCGAAUCUUCAGACAUUUCCACCUUCAAGUUCACAGGGGAAAAUAUCUCGUGGCUCUGGUCCUCCUCGUGAUGCUGAUGAUAGUUUCUCCAAACCAGCAUCUGGUUCUGAUGUGUCCCGACAGAGUGGCUGGUUAAGUGCUUUCACUAUUGCUGCUUACAAGCCCUAUUUUGAUGUUGAUACAUCUGAUGUUUUGGAAAGGAUAAAAUAUUCACUCUUUCCUUUUGGUGGAGCCUUUACUGAGAAAACUUCUAGUAGCCCAGAUUUGUAUGGACCAUUCUGGAUCUGCACUACCCUGAUAUUUGUGGCAGCUUCCAUCGGCACAUUUGUUACAUAUUUGGCCCACAAGAUUCAGAAAAAAGAAUGGGACUAUGACAUCAAUCUGGUGACUUGGUCUGCCGGUUUAUUCUAUGGAUAUGUGGUCAUAGUCCCCAUUUGCUUGUAUGUUAUACUCAAGUACUUAUCUGCUCCUGCCAGCCUUGUUCAACUACUCUGUCUCUAUGGAUAUUCCCUGUUUGUCUUCAUCCCUGCACUGUGCCUUUCAGUCGUACCUAUUGAAAUAUUCAGAUGGGUGGUUGCUGGUUUGGCUGGGCUCAUGUCUGCGACCUUUGUUGCCCUUAACCUUAGGACACACAUUGUUUCUGCUGGGGAGAGGUGGUUCUUGAUUGUGGCUGGUAUCUUUCUGUUACAGCUUGCUCUUGCUUUGGUACUUCGGCUCUACUUGUUCACCGUCACAGUAUAACCCCGUCCACAAACCAUGUAGUUUAAAAGAGACACACACAUAUGAAUGUAUCAAAAUGUAAGACAAUCUAUGUAUUGAUUCAAUUUUGUUAUUGCACUUUAUAUACUCAAUAAUACUAUUCGUUCAGCAAUAUAGUUUUGUCCUGGUUGUGUACCUAAUGCCUAAUGCCACGGGCCUGUAGUGAGCAGUUCUCC